AUGCGAUCUACUGUUGCCCUUUACCGUGAUGUUGCAACCGACUUAACGAUUCAAGACAAUGCCAAAGAGUUGAAGUUGCGUACUGGAGAGAGGGUUGUGUGCAAUUUGAUAUCGGCCAGUAAAGACCCUGAGGUUUUCCCGGAGCCUGGAAAGGUUGAUCUUACCCGGGACCUCAGUACUUAUAUUCAUUUGGGCGCGGGCCCUCACGAGUGCUUGGGCGCUGGGAUGUCGAAGAUUGCUUUAACCACCAUGCUGAAAGUUGUAGGUAAACUGGAGAACUUGCGCCGUGCUCCAGGCCCACAAGGAGAGCUCAAAAAGAUUGCUGCGCCGGGUGGCAUAACGGUAUAUAUGUCUGAAGAUGAUAGUCGGUUUUCUCCAUUCCCGACGACUAUGAAAGUCUUGUGGGAUGGCGAGCUACCCCCGCUUUCAUACGAGUAG